AUGCCAGGAUUCGACCAAGAAAUCAAAAAAUCCUGGAAGAAAAAGCAACCUAUUCAAGCAGAAAUAAUCUCUUCUUCAAAUUUGGGCUCGUUCGACCGUGCGAAACCGAUCAAACUGAUUAUUCAUGGUUUUACUGAUCAAUCAUCGAGUGCUUGGGUAGUUAACAUGACGCAAGAACUGUUGAAACAGGAAGAUAUGAAUGUCAUUACUGUUGAUUGGUCUGGUGGCAAUCAAUUUCCUUAUGGACAGGCCGUGGCCAACACCGUCAUUGUUGCAGCUGUUAUUCGACAACUUCUUCAAGCAAUGGUCAAUACCGGUGCAAAACCGCAACAAAUGCAUUUAAUUGGUCAUAGUUUGGGUGCGCAUGUAUCAAGUUAUGUAGGACGAGAUUUUCACAAUUUAGGAAGAAUAUCUGGCUUAGGUAUUGAUCCAUAUCCUGCCGGACCGGAAUUCUAUAAUUCUCUCAUUUCUGAUCGCCUUGAUCCAUCCGAUGCUAUAUUUGUGGAUGUCAUUCAUACUGAUGGUGCACCACGGGUUCAGUCCGGUUUCGGUCAUUUAGAUACAUUAGGACAUGUUGAUUUCUAUCCUAACGGCGGUUCUGCCCAGCCAAAUGCCGCUAGCUCAAUGUCCUGCAAUCAUAUGUCAGCAGUAUACUAUUACACUGAUUCGAUUAAUUCACAUUCGCCAGCUUUUGCUUAUCCUUGUUCGGAUUAUAAAAGUUUUGAACGAGGCCUUUGCACAUCUUGUGGUUCGGCGUUUGAUCAAUGUCAACGCGCCGGUUACCACGCUUCAUCGUUGAAAACACUUGGUAAACUGUAUCUUAUGACUUUGAACGGAGUCAAACCGCCACAUUUCGGUUUUAAAUUCAAGGGAACACUUGAAUNUAAACAACAAACACGCGGUAUCAUAAAAAUCAAAUUCGACGAACAAGAAGAGGAGACAUCGCUAUUUGAUGAAAAAAUACUAUUCAGAAGUAGCUCCGUCAAUUCAAAAACGAUUCUCAUUGCUCGUCAACCUGCAUCAUUGAAAGAGAUUACCAUUUCGUUCAAAAAAAGCCUAAGUUCAAAUUUCGGUCUUGGUCUCUCUAAUCAAUGGAACUUUCGUUCGGUUGAUUCUGAAUCACGAAGAGAUGCCAUGCUCUCACUCUCAUUAUCAAUAAUACCGGAGAAAAAGUCCCGCUACAGUGAUAUCGUUGAUGAACCCGUGCAUAAUCUUCUCGCACCCAUAAAAGGCUACCAAGAUAAACCACUCGUUUCACUUUCGGAAGCUAUUGAUCCAGUUGCUGGUUUCUUUAAUGAAAUCGAAGACAAUGCUUUAGUUGCUUUACAUAAUUGUCAAAAUCCAGCUGAUGGUCUGACUCAGCAAGAAUCAGCUUCCAUACAUCUUUACACAAUGGAGUUCGAUGGUGGACCAAGUUUAUAUCGACUACUCAAUCGAUCUCUCAGGGCUGAGAUUCGCGAAGAUUUGAAACCAUGGUUUGCCUAUUUGAAAUUAUUUCUUACGGCUCUGUACAAAUUACCUUCACGGCAAAUGCGAGUGUGGCGUGGUAUCCGUGAUGUCAAUCUAUCUUCGAAAUAUAAGAUUGGCACGAAGUUUGCUUGGUGGGGAGUAAGUUCUUGCACGAGUGAUAUGAAACUGCUCGAGUCCGAAAAAUUCUUGGGUAAGACCGGACAGCGAACUCUAUUUUCAAUUGAAUGUAUCAAUGGAAAAUGUAUUGUUGCACAUUCGUAUUUCAAAAACACCGAACAGGAAAUUGUUUUAAUGCCUGGUUCAUAUUUUGAAGUGUUAGGUCAAUUGAAUCCAGCACCUGGUCUUCAUAUUAUUGAAUUAAAAGAAAUUACACCACCGAUGACGCUGAUCAAACCGCCAUUUUCUAAAUCGAACGUAGCAUCGAGUUCUUCACAUAUGCCAGCAGCAGAAGUCUCUACAAUACCAAAGAAAAAACCAUUACUAGAAUCUGGAGCAUAUACCGAACUACUCUCAAGUAAUAACGAAGAUUUCAAAACCGUCAGUCGAAUGUUCUUAGAUGGUUGGCCAGGUGAAUUGAAACAUGACGUCAAAGUUGAAGCAAUUUAUCAAAUUCAUAACGAUAUACUAGAAUCACGUUUUCAACAAUUUGUUCAUUCCAAUCCCAAAUUUGCGACAGGAAAUUCUAUAGGAUGGCACGGUACAUCAUCGAAUUGUCAGAAUGGUUCGUGUUCAUCUUCGGAGUGUCAUCUAUGUCAAAUUAUUCGAAAAGGAUUUAAACAACAGUUUGCACGUCGUAAUACUAUUUCAUACAAAUGUUGGGGACCAACUACCUAUUUUUCGAACCGAAGUUUUGUUUGCCAUACCUACAACGGUGGUUCAGAAUGUGAUACCAAAAGGCGAUGCACAAUAAUGACAAAAAUAAAUUCUGGACACGCGCUAGACUAUUGGAGGAUCGCAAGAUAUUGCACUCCUGACCCCGCAAAUUAUAUUCCGGCUUUGGUAAAAACAUAUAAAUACGAUAGCGUGGCUUUAACCCGAAAUUACUAUAUUGCUCCAGCAGAUUAUAUAUUACUAUAUAACGAGUUAGCUGCAUUGCCGAUAUAUAUAGUUGUGUACUCUGCUCGAAAAACCUUACAAGUAAGACAAUCUGCAGGUGAGUAUUGCAGUUUUCAUCGGGAGCACCAUAUGGUAAAUGCUGGUUGUGAUGGUCAUCAAUGUCAAAGUUUGAAAUGUGUCGAUAAAAUAUGUCUAGAUCACAAUCACUUCACACAAUACGAUCAUAUAGAUCCCAAUACUUAUGUUAAGCACAAGUCACACUACAGAGAAAUCUUGGAUGAAUUGGGCUCAACUGUUUAUCCAUAA